GGAGGGUCUUCCCAGCCGGAGUGCUGCAGUGCUCACUGGGAGUUCAGUGCUGAGAGCCUGGAGCUGAGCGCACCUCUAGUUUCUUUGAGUUCUUACUGCAGGCUGCAAAGGAUCCUCGGACACCCUCAAGCAUCACAAUGGAGAUAGUGACCUUUGAGGAUGUAGCUGUGAAGUUCACCCCAGAUGAGUGGGAUUUACUGACGCCAUCACAAAAGAAGCUGUACAGAGGAGUGAUGUGGGAAACAUAUAUGAAUAUUAUGGUGACAGGAAGAAUGUGGCAUAACCUGCAAAUUAAAGAAGAGGACAAAUAUUGUUCAAGAAAUCUAAGAUAUGAUGAAGACAAUUAUUUGAGAAUUGAAAAGCAGCAAUGUAAAUGUAAUGAAGAUAUAGAGACCUGCAGUGAUUUCCAGUCCGUUCAGAAGCCAUGUGGAAAAGCAUUCAGUACAGUCAGUAGCUGUCAAAGACAUAAAAACAUUCACACUGGGGAGAAGCCCUGUGUAUACAACAAAUGUGGGAAAGCAUUCAUCAGUGUGUCACAAUGUCAAAAACAUGACAGAAUUCACACUAUGAAGAAACCCCUUGUAUGUAAUCAAUGUGGAAAGUCUUUCAAGCAAAAGCGUUCUCUUAUUAUACAUGAAAGUCUUCAUACUGGGGAGAGACCCUAUGUAUGCAACAAAUGUGGGAAAGCAUUCAGUACAGCCUCUAGCUGUAAAGCACAUGAUAGAACUCACACUGAGGAGAAACACUUUAGAUGUAGGCAAUGUGGGAAAUGUUUCAAUCGAAAGGAUAACCUUAUUAAUCAUGAAAGAGUUCACACAGGCGAGAAACCCUAUGUAUGCAACAAAUGUGGGAAAGCAUUCAGUACAGCCUCUGGCUGUAAGGCACAUGAAAGAAUUCACAGUGGGGAGAAACCCUUUGUAUGUAAGCAUUGUGGGAAAUCUUUCAAUCGAAAGGAUAACCUUAGUAAUCAUGAAAGAGUUCACACAGGGGAAAAACCCUAUGUAUGCAACAAAUGCGGGAAAGUAUUCAGGAGUGCAUCACAAUGUAAAAUACAUGAUAGAAUUCACACUGGGGAGGAAUGCUAUGUAUGCAACAAAUGUGGGAAAGCAUUCAUCAGUGCUUCACAAUGUCAAAAACAUGACAGAGUUCACACUGAGGAGAAACCUGUAUGUAAGCAGUGUGGGAAAUCUUUCAACCGAAAGUAUAACCUUAUAAAUCAUGAAAGAAGUCACACUAGGGAGAAACCCUAUGUAUGCAACAAAUGUGGGAAAGCAUUCAUCAGUGUGUCACAAUGUCAAAAACAUGAUAGGAUUCACACUAUGAAGAAACCCCUUGUAUGUAAUCAAUGUGGAAAGUCUUUCAAGCAAAAGCGUUCUCUUAUUAUACAUGAAAGUCUUCAUACUGGGGAGAGACCCUAUGUAUGCAACAAAUGUGGGAAAGCAUUCAGUACAGCCUCUAGGUGUAAAUCACAUGAUAGAAUUCACACUGGCGAGAAACCAUUUGUAUGUAAGCAAUGUGGGAAAUCUUUCAGUCAAAAUAGUGACCUUAUUACACAUGAAAGAAUUCACACUAGGGAGAAACCUUUUGUUUGUAAGCAAUGUGGGAAAUCUUUCAGUCAAAAUGGUAACCUUAUUAUACAUGAAAGAAUUCACACUGGGGAGAAACCAUUUGUAUGUAAGCAGUGUGGGAAAUCUUUCAACCGAAAGAAUGAUCUUAUUAAACAUGAAAGAAUUCACACAGGGGAGAAACCCUAUGUAUGCAACAAAUGUGGGAAAGCAUUCAACAGUUCAUCACAACAUAAAGUACAUUAUAGAAUUCACACUGGGGAGAAACCCUUUGUAUGUAAGCAGUGUGGGAAAUCUUUCAGCCAAAAGUGUGCUCUUACUAUACAUGAAAGACUUCAUACUGGGGAGAAACCCUAUGUAUGCAACAAAUGUGGGAAAGCAUUCAGUACAGCCUCUAGCUAUAAAGCACAUGAUAGAACUCACACUGGGGAGAAACCAUAUGUUUGUAAUCAAUGUGGGAAAUCUUUCAGUCGAAAUGGUAAGCUUAUUAUACAUGAAAGAAUUCACACUGGGGAGAAACCAUUUGUAUGUAAGCAGUGUGGGAAAUCUUUCAACCAAAAGGAUGGUCUUAUUAAACAUGAAAGAAUUCACACAGGGGAGAAACCCUGUAUGUAAGCAUUGCAUGCAACAAAUGUGGGAAAGCAUUCAGUACAGCCUCUAGCUGUAAAGCACAUGAUAGAAUUCACACUGGGGAGAAACCAUAUGUUUGUAAUCAAUGUGGGAAAUCUUUCAGUCGUAAUGGUAAGCUUAUUAUACAUGAAAGAAUUCAUAUUAGGGUGAAACCCUUUGUAUGUAAGCAAUAUUUAAAAUGUUUCAGUCAAAA